AUGGCUGCUCCAAAGUUCCUCACUUUGCUUCUGCAAGGCCUCCUCCUGUACUCAGGGAAGGUUCUUGAGAAGCUGGAUGAGGCUGCUUGGAAGCGCAUGGAGGAGCAGGAGCAGGAGAUGAAUGAGGAGAUGACUCGCCUGAUGGAGGAGAUGGAGAGGAGAAGCCAGCUGCGCAGGAACCUGGUGCCCAUGAUCGUGCAGCAGAGGCCUGAGGAGCAGAGCAUCACGACCUGGGGAGCUGUGCUCUUUGCUGCCAUUGCUGGAGUCCUUAUCCUCCUGUUUUGGCUCUGGUGGUGGCUCAGGAAAACAAGGCCUGAAGCAGACUCUGGUGGCAGCGAGAAGGAGAUCUUGGACAACAACACAGACAAGAAGGACAAGGAAGAAGAGGAAGGCAGUGAUAGAGAAGGGGUGGAAAAUAAGCAGCAAGGAAACAGGAUUACUUCCGGGUGCAUUGAGUGGCCUGGGCAGAUAAUGAUGUCCAGGAGCAGGGUAGUGAAGGAGCUGGUGGAUGACCUCCUGCGAUUCCUGCGAACGCGCCUCUCAAAUAGUUUCGUGCCAGUGCUGCAGCCUGCCAUAGGUGUGGGCAGCGCCUUCGAAGGCUGGAGUCCCUGUGAGGCAGACGACGCUGUCUACCAACUGCUUGUGCCCCUGGAGCCCCCUGCUGGGCACAGCUUCCACCGGGAGCUUGCCACGUUGGGGCGGAUUCCAGCCAGGGACUACCGCAUCCGUGUGGUGCUGGAAUGUGCCUGCAGGGUCCGGAACAUGCUGUGCUUCAUCCACAGCCCCAAGCAUCACGUGCGCAUGAAAAAUCGGCCACCAUAUAUGCUGGACUUCCUCUGCACCGAGUUGUACCUAGAUGUGGAGAAACUUGCCCUCUGGUUCCGGAGGUUGGUGAAGCAAGCCUGGGUGGCAUUGCCUUGGGUACGUCACUACGAGAUGGAGGUGCUGCCAUACAGCCAGCGCACCUGCCAGCUGAGGCUGACAAGCGGCUCUGGAAGUCGCCUCUGCAUUGAGGUGCUCUUUGGGGUGCAGCUGGGAUGUACAGACAUCUUCCUCACCAGCCACAGUGCAAAUGACACCUACAUCCGCAGCACAAUAUGGCAACAGAGCUGCGCCGUGGCAGAGAGCAAGUUCUUCAGCCAUAUGACCAGCCAGGUGCCACAGGGCAGUUUCCAUCUCAGAUGCCUGCAUCUCUGCACCCGCAUGCUGAAGGGCAUGGAAUUCUCUCCCUACACCUUGAAGACAAUUGUCAUGCACUUCCUGAACACCAGACCUUUGUCCAGCUGGUGCAGAAGGGGCUGCUUCUGGCAGGUGGUGGAUAUUCUAAACUUCCUGCACCAGUGUCUGGAACAGAAACAGCUCAACCACUUCUUCUUUAGCAAUAGUACCAUGCCCGAGGAGAUCAUCUUGCCCGAAAUGCUUUCGAAGAGUGUGAGCCAUUACAACAUACUGCAGCAUCUGGUGACAGAAUCCGGAUGCCCAUGCCAGGGCAUUGAGACAUGUGUGAGCAGCUUCAGGAGGAGCUCAUGGAAAGGGCUCCUAGACUGA